AUGGCUGAUCCCAUCAACUCUGUACCCGAGCCUGGGCACCCAUACUUUCCGUUGGAUGCCGUGAUCCCCGGCUAUCUCCCAAACAGUACUGGGGUAUUUGAACUAAUAUCUACUUUCGGAGCGAUCGUCAGUGCUGUCGUCGGAUUCGCCGUAUGGCAGACGACUCGUACUCGAAAACCAGUACGCCCUAUCGAUCAGUUCGCUGUUGGUUGGUUUGCCUUGUUCAGCGUAGAAACCAUCACAUGUCUCGCCUGGGGUCCCCUCUCCUUUCUCACAGUAUUCGGUAUUCUCAGAGACUGGCACAGCCGCCAUGUAGUGCAGAUCAUUGUGUGCACGGCGCAUGUGUACGGUGUAGCCCUUUAUUACUUGACCAACUGGAACGAGUCGAGAGUGCAUGGCGUGGCGUAUAGUCGCCCCGAAACGCUGUACUUUUGGGUCUACUACGUUGGAUUCAACCUCCCUUGGGCCAUUGUGCCCCUCAUUCUGCUGCGUGAUAGUUGGACACAUGUUUCCAAGGCUUUUGCUGCCUUGGAAGAGAAGAAGAGGGAGUAA